AUGGCAUCCAAAUUACGAAAUAGAAAAAACCAAGAUCCGCGACAUCCAACCAGACAGUCAAUAACUGACGUAUUUCAACAGAUUGUAAAUAAACAUGUCAAUACGACGCUCCUGGCAGAUGUUCGGACAGUUACGACAUACGAAGCAAGCUACAUAAAACGGAUGACAAAAACUAAUGCUAAGUUCAAUGUAAAACGAAUACGUUUGUAUGUGGAUAAUCCUUAUAUUGCUCGCCUACAAAAGAAAUCGUUCCAGCUUUCGAAAGCACUUUCAUGA